CAGUUCCAUAGCCCCAUUCCACCUCCAGCAGCUCGCGUCCUGCACAACACCUUAUCGUCUUCUCUAGUUCUCGCGCCAAUGGCAUCCAGCCUCUUGAACCCUCCUCCCUCCAAACUCGCCCUUAACGCUCCAGUCCCACCUCUUCGGAAGCCUCCGUCCCUCUUCUCGCCACCGCACCGCUCUCCUCUCCACCUGGCCCUCCUCGUCCGCAGCCCGCCGCCACGACGCGUCGUCCAGUCCUCGUCGUCCCCGUCGACAGACGGCGGCGUCCCUUCGCCGCCGUCAUCGAGGGAUGAGGCCGUCGCGCAGGCGAGGUCCUGCCUCGCAACGGCGCUGCGCAAGCCGCUCAGCAACUCGCUCCCGGCCCGCAACAAAAAGCCCAAGAACAAACAGCAGCGGCAGGCCCGGUUCCGCGCGGAGAUCCCCGUCGUCGACGAGUCCUCCCCGGGAUCCCUGGCGCGGCUCGCGUUCGACGUCUUCUCGGGACUCGGCGUCUCCACCAAGGGGGGGUCCCCCGCGAGGCUCCUCCUCGUGUGGCCUUCCUCCGAGGAUCUGAGCGAAGCCCUGCGGGAGUUCGAGAAGUGGGGGGACACGACAUUGGCGCACGCGGACCUGGACUCGGUGUCGUCGUCCACGGACGCGGCGGCCAGCGACGCCGCCGUGUUCCUGGCGCCGGCGCGGUCGCAGGCGGAGAAGCUGAGGGCGGCCGCCAGCGCGCUGGACCCGAAGCCGGUCGUGCUGUUCAACCCGGCGUGGGGGUUCGAGGACGAAGAGGAGUGGUUCGGCGGCGCCGUGGCCAAGGGCUUCGUGGCGUCCUUCGACGUGGUGUACUCCUUCACGGGGCUGGAGGUGAGGGGCCUGCUGAGCAAGAAGAAGGGCGUGCUACUCCGGCGCGUCGACGGCGGGAGCGGGAGGUCCGGCGGGGAGAGCUGGGUGCUCAUGGUGGAGGACGAAGAGGCUCCGUCGGGGUUCAAGGUCGUGUCCCGGCUGAAGCGGCGGCCGACGAUCGGCGAGGUGGAGAACAUGAUGUAUAACCUCAUGGCCGCCAACUCGCCGGUGACCAAGUCCGCCAGGUUCCUCAGGGAGCUCGUGUCCAAUGUGACAGGAAAGAAGCAAUGAGCGAGCCUACUGCUUUGCGCUGGAUUUGUGUGUGUCACGGCCUUCUUCUGAAUUUCAGUUUUUCUGUCCAAAUUGCCUGAAAAACAAAGAGCUGAGGUAGCUGUGUUGUGGUGUAGCAGCAGUUCUGAUUUUCCAAUUUAGGAUGCAUUUGCAGAACAUCUUCAGAAACACGGGAUGCACUGCUAAGUGCUAACUGGGAGUCAGUCGGAUGCGCUCCUUUGCACCUUUUGAAUUUUCCCUCCUACCGAAAUCAGACGUUGCAUUCCUUCGUCUCUUCUACGGAAA